AUGUCCUCCACCAACGACUUCGCCAGGACGCUCAAGGCCCUGCACAAGCCCGGCCAACCCCUCAUCGUCCCCAACGUCUGGGACACGCCGUCCCUCCUCGCCCUCUCUUCCCUCAAUACCCCUUCCGACCACCCCGUCGCCGCCAUCGCCACCGCCUCCUGGGCGCUCGCCCACGCCCGCGGGGCCGCCGACGAGGACCUGACCGCCGAGCAAAAUCUGCUCGCCCUGCGCGAACUCGCUCCGCUCGCCGCCGGGGCCGGCCUGCCCCUGUCCGCCGACCUCCAAGACGGCUACGGCGCGCGCAUUGAAGAGAUAUUCACCACAGCGGCGCAGUACGGCAUCGCGGGGGCCAACCUCGAAGACAGCAUCCCCGCGGCCGGCUUUGGCCGCGGCUUCGCCGGCUCGCUGUACAGUAAAGCCGACGCCGUCGCGCGCAUCCAGACGGCGCUCCGGGCGACCGCCGCCGCGGGCGUGCCGGAUUUCGUGAUCAAUGCGCGCUGCGACGUCUUCAGGCUAGAUGUUGCGCCAGAGCUCGAUGAUGCGACGCGCAUGCGCGAGGCGCUGGACCGUGGCCGGGCGUACCUGGCGGCCGGUGCCACGACUGUCUUCUUUUGGGGCGGCGGCGCGCGGGGGCUCAGCACCCAUGAGGUGCAGACCUUGGUGGCCGAGUUGGACGGCCGCGUCGCCGUGUUGCUGACCAAGAGGGAUGGUGGUCAUUCGACGGCCGAGCUGGCCAAGAUGGGCGUGGCUAGAAUCAGCAUCGGUCCGUCGCUGUAUCUGGCGGCCAUGAACGCCGUUAAGACAGGUGCGGCUCAGAUUCUCGGGGGUGGUGGCCUCCUUGCCAGCCCGGAUCGCGCGCUGGGCGUUCCGCGGCCGUGGCACCUGUAUCCACCGCGCCUCGAGCAAGCCCUCGAGAAGUUGUCUACCUCGCCGUCGCCCAGCUGCUCAUUCGACCCCGGUGCCACCAGCCGCGACGGCCGCAGCGCCUCUGUCCUGCCAGUGGCUGCCGCCACGCAAAGGACCUGGACUGAUUCGACGGGCUUCGUCGAGCGCGACCCGUCCUUCGAGCGCCAGUCGUACCUUGCCAGUCAGAUUGCUGAGCUCGCUCAUCCGGCCAGCGCAGAGUCCAGCGAGGUGGCCGACCAGCUCAAGACGCUGAGCGACGUGAGCAGCGCCCCGGCGCGCUCCAACACGAGUCGCAGCACAGCUCUCGCGGGGCCCCGAGCGGAUCCUGUCCUCAAGAGGGAACAGGUCCCUUCUAGCUUUGUUCUCAAGAUUAUUCGCUACCUCGAGAGCAGAGUGAAGAACGGCGCCAAGCCCUUGCUGCUGAUUGUUCAUCCGAUACCCGACCUCGACCUGCUCAAGAAUUUGUGCCAGAACGUAUACUUUCCGCUAGAUCCCAUGACGGUGGGUCAGCUGACCUUGUUCAACGCUCUGCUGUACUUUGCGAUUUGGGAGGUGCAGUCUCGCGGUGAUAGCGAGAUUGACGCCGAGGACCUGGCCAAGUAUCGGCAAGUGACCGACGCCAACUUUAACCAAGGCGUUGAGGAGGCAGAAAUUAUCGCCAUCGCAAACUACGAGAAUGCGUUGACACUGUGUCUCGCUGCCUAUUAUGCGCAUACGAUCGGCGAUAUUGUCCGUCACCAGGCCGUCGUGUCCGCGGCCGCGCGGCACUGCGUGCAGCUAGGAUACCAUCGAAACGAUAAAGGCCAGCUCUCUCCCGAGGAGUCGCACAAGCGCCGACUCCUCUUUUGGCAUGUCUACAUUUCGGAGCUGGGUCUCACGCUGCGCCUCGGCCGCGCCGCCGUCAUUCAAGAGUUCGAUGUGGACGUGCCGCAGCUCAAUAUUUCCUCGGAUCCGCGCCAGGCUGUCUGGGACACGUCUCUGCGCUUAUUCACUGGAUUCUCCCGCCUCCAGAGCAAAAUCUACCGCAAGAUUUACUCCCCGGGCGCCAUUGUCGCGCUGGCCGCGGAACCCUCGAAACGGCAAGCCCGUGUCGCUACAUUCGCUGCUGAGCUCAACCAGUGGUACAUGGAGUGGCAUCAGAUUAAAAGCGCCGACGCGUACUAUCCAAUGGUGCACCAGCAUACCUUUAUGGCUGUGGAUAUCAUCUACUACUCGGUGCUCACGCUGUUGCAUCGCGGGAGCACCAGCUCCAACUCGCCGUCUGAUAUUUCACCCGAGUGUUUCGCGGCCGCCCGGCAGGGUCUUGAGACGCACCUGCACAUCUUUCCCUCGGUGCUUGCAUCAGGGCCCGGGACAGUAUCAUAUUACGGCGUUUGGAUUUUCAUGUAUUCGUCUUUCACGCCAUACAUCGUCACGUUUCUGCACAGCAUCGCCAGCACGGAUACCAACGACCUGCAGUUGCUGAAGAGUGUGCUCGACACACUCGACGAUAUUGCCAUUGGAUAUGAGCUCGUACAUCGCCAAAAGACGCUGUGCGCGGCGUUGUACCGCAUCGCCAAGGCUUUUAUCGAGUCGCGUCAGAGACUGCACAACAACGGCAACCACAACGGAGACGAGCAGAGCGCCAUGGACCACGAGCCGUUUGCGACGACUGCCGAGCAGACACUCAACCUUCCGCUGCAGCCAGACACGAUCCAAGAAUGGGGCAACUUUGAUACGAUUGUGGAGGACUGGGAGACCCAAUACUUUAAUCAGCAGUCGCUCAUGCUGGGCAACUCGCUGGAUCAAUAG